CACAACCACUUACAUCAAACGAGGUGCCGAGGAACCCGGAGGAGUAACUAUAGAGAAACGUGGAAUUCAAUUGUGGGCGAGAAAUAAGGAAAGUCCAGCCAGCGAGUUUGUAAGCGCCAUUGGUGGGCCCAAGCGACGGUUGCCGGAACGUGAUCUGAAUGAUAGUUGUAAUGAGAGCAGCGGCCAUGAGGAGGCAGCCGAUCCUCGCCUAAAACAUACGACUUUGUGAACACAGCAGGAGUGUGGUGCCAGAAGCAUUUUCUUCAAGAGAUAAAAACCCUCUCGGAGCUCCAGCUCUCCGGUGGGCGAACACUGCGGUCGCUGGUGAAACUGGGUCACUGGAGGACGUCGACAGGGCGCUCUGCUGCAUGUUUACGCGAGCCUUCCAUGUGCAGCCCCUUAACACCUAGCCGGCGAGCCUCUGUCCCGACGAGUGACUUUGAGCCAGCUCGUCUGUAGCAUCUUUUGCAUUUUAUAUGGCAACUGUGUCACUGUGUUAGCCAGGAGUGACCUAGGGGCCCGUGUGUGUGUGGGCAGAGCACCAGGUGGGUGUGAGGUCAGGUGGAGGGGGCGUGUCCCUGGUGCGACGGCGGCUUGUGAUUGGGUGAGGGCGGGGCCUGGUGGCGCGGCUGGCCAGUGGCUGCUAGCUAGUGUAGCGGGAGGCUGGGAGUCGCGCGCCCGUGGUACCGCAGUGAGAUCAAUGGGGAAGAGUCUCACACGAUAACUAGGCCCAUCACACCCCAGGCCUCCGCGCCCCACGCCCACCGGCCCCCCGCCGCCACAAACAAACCUCCAGUGGGCAUCACGACGUCGAUGGUGCCAGACUAGUGACGGCGGCUCCUGCACCACUGCCCUCCCCCUAUUCCCUUCACCCCACGUCAACGACAGCCUCAGCCUUAAUUAAGCCGGAGAAUCCUUGAGCCUUAUUGUAAGCGUGUGUGACCCUGAGUCGAGCGACGAUGAGCUGCUCUGAUCCUCUCCUGUGGAAGGCCGCGCGUUGUGUCGUGUGCUCCUGAGUGUCCUGAGUGCUGUGCCGACCCCCGCCUCCCGCCCCGCCUCCGUCACGUCCUCGCGGCCACAGUCUUCGGUGGUGUCAGUGCAAGUCCUUCUCUCCGCCGCUGGAGUCUCGCUUGCGGCCCAGCCCGGGAAAGGGUGUAGCUAAGGCAGUGCUUCUCGUCUCGACUGAGGGCGGUCGGCGGCGUGCUCGGUGCCGCGGUGUUGUGAGUGCGAGCAGUGUAUGUCAUGCUGAGCGGUCAUGGCUUUCUGGUGAUCCUCCUCCUCCCACCCUGGCAUCGGUCUCCUCAAAAUCAAAACACUUCCUAAAAUAAUUUUGCACAAUUGGAGUAAUUUUUUUCCAAAAAUUUACUGACCCCCCAAACCCCAGAUCCUUUAGUUAACCAAUGGCUUCCCCUCAACGCCAAGGAGAGAGUCUAGUCAGAUGUAGUCAGAGAUGAUGUGUUUUUUCUGGGACAAAAAGACUUUCUUCAGUUAACGUGGAAGCCAAGACAGCGCUGAGCAUCACGACACUCGGAAAAUAAUAAUAAUAAUUCUAUUCGUAAUAAUAAAAUAAUAUUGAAAAGAGAGCAAGAGAAAAAAAGGCCUCAAAGUGAAUGAGAGUUAAUUUAGUCAGUGCGGCGACGAGAAGAAGAAGACCGGCAAGAUGUUGGAUAUCUUCCGUGGCCUCAAGAACUUCAUCAAGGUCUCCCACGUGCACAUCGACUCCUCGGUGUUCCGCCUCCACUACUCCAUCACGGUGAUGAUCCUGCUGGCCUUCAGCCUCAUCGUCACCACGCGCCAGUACGUCGGGAACCCCAUAGACUGCAUCCACGCCAAGGAGAUCCCGGAGGACGUGAUCAACACCUACUGCUGGAUACACUCCACCUACACCAUCCCCUCGGCCUUCAGCAAGCGGCUCGGGGUGGACGUGGCGCACCCCGGGAUAGAAAAGUCGACGGACGAAGAGGAGAAGCGAUAUGUCAAGUACUACCAGUGGGUGUGUUUCUGCCUCUUCUUCCAGGUAAGGGACUUGUAGUGGUUGUGGUGGAGCCCUCACGUGUUAGGGCGUGUUACGUGUGUGUGUGUGUGUGUGUGUGUGUGUGUGUGUGUGUGUGUGUGUGUGUGUAUCCGCCUCUCGCGUGUUCCGUGUGGUGUUGUCGUGAAGUCAAAGAAAUAUAUUUCGCGUCAGUUGAUAUUUUAACCAGUCAGGCGAUCAAGCAGCCUGUUCAUUAUUCUGUCAACAAGCGUGACUGUUGUUAAUCACACCGCCAGCCAGCCAUGAGAGUCAGUUAUCCAGCCACUCGAUUAAUCAUUCAACCACGAGGUCACACAAUUUACCACACAUCCAAUCAUUCAACCAGCCAGUUACCGUCACCAGUUACUCUUCAUUCAAUUCAGUGUCAGCAAGUCAGUCAACCAGUCAUUCAUUGAUCCAGUAUCUGCAUAUCAGUCAACCACUUACCCAUCCACCCAACCAGUCAGCCAGUCUGUCAGCCGUUCAACCUCUCAGUCAGCCAUUCAGGUACCCCUCCACUCAGCCAGCCAUCCGUCCAUUCAUUCAAUCAGUCAGUCAAACACUC